AGAGGUGAGGGGUGAUUUGGAGAACAUGGCUGCCAGAAGAACUCGUAAAGGAAGCCAAAGCUCUGAAGGUCUCCAGAGAGACCAAGCAGCUGAUAAACUCAGGAAAAGGAAAGAGCUGUUCAUUCAGCAGUUUGAGAAGGAAGCACAGGAACGGAUAAAUGAAAUGGAGGCCAAACUGGACAAAUUACUGGCGACACUGGACCGAGCUGUGAAAAUAGAGAUGAUGAAACUGCCUCAGUCUCUUCAUACCACAUUGAUUAAAGAUAUAAUGAGUGCGCAGGAAACAUCUUUUGGGGAAGUUACAAUGGCGAUUGAGUCUGCGUCUCCAGAGAUUAGUAAGCCUCUCAGCAGAAAGCCCAGCAAAAAAGGUAAAGCGAGUACCACAAUGGCAGCACAAAGAUCCACAGGUCCGGUGAAGACAGAUGAUAAUAAGAGAAAGCCCAAGAAGAAACUGCAGCCCAGUAACAGCACUGGGAAUCUGAGAUGUGUCUCAACAGUCAGUGGCAAAAGAACUCAAGGCCGUGUGAUGAAGCUGAGCGACCAAGCUCUUCUGCUGGGUGGUCAUAUGAGACUACAAAGUCGGUCACUUAGUGACGAUCUCUCGGGACUUGCUACCGCCACCAUCACCACCUCUCUUGGAGAGACCUUGUUUCUGUCAGAGGAGAACAAAGAUGAAGUCAAACUUGAACUUCUGGAUGAGUUGGCUAUAUGCCAGAUGCAAAAGAUUAAGGAGCUGAUGGAGUACCUGUGCAACAAAGUCAAGCUCAACAAUACUCACUGAUGUCUUCAAAACCAAUAUUCUUCAGUUUUACGUUUUAAAUAUUCUAAUAUAAUAAAUAUUUGAAACUUUU